AAAAGGAGCCGGCGACCCCAGAGAAGACAGAAGUUCGGGGGGAUGUUCCCGGGGCAGACCUCUCGGUUCUGAAGCUUCCAGCCUGCCUCACUGAGCGUUUGCACUUCAGAGGGACGUCUGCUCACAGCAGGGAGAGAUGCUCGUGCCAGCCCCCUUCCUGCUGGUCUUGCUGCUGCUCCUCGGGGCCCCCCAGGCGGGCCUCUCCCAGAGGUCCUCCAAAGCCGGGUCCAGCCUCAGCUGUCUCCACACAGCCCUGCGCGAGGCCGAGAGGAGCCAGCGGAAGGACACAUCGCUGCUGAUCAAGCGGGCCUUCCCCGCCUUGCCCCGCGGAGACCUGGAGGACCAGGAGGCGCAGGAGGAGGAGGACACAGAGAAAAGGACCUUCCCUGGCUCCGGGGGUGGCGGCGGUGGUGGCGGGGCUGGCAGCACCCGGUACAAGUACCCGUCCCAGGCACAGUUCCAGGGGCGGCCAUCCCAGGACAAGGCCAAGAGUGACCGGCGCACCAAGGUCACUCUGUCCCUGGACGUCCCCACUAACAUCAUGAACAUCCUCUUCAACAUCGCCAAGGCCAAGAACCUGCGAGCCAAGGCCGCCGCCAAUGCCCACCUCAUGGCCCAGAUCGGGCGGAAGAAGUAGAGGAGGAGGCUGGGGACCCCCUGGGAUGAGGACGGAGGUUGAGGGGGACAGGGAGGGUUGGCCCGUUCCACCGGUUUGUAUCUGAGGGAUCGGCCCUGGUUCCAGGCUCUCCACCCCUCUGCGCCUUCCCACCUCCGGCCGGGCACCCCAGCCCUCUAUACCUACGCACACCAGCGCCGUGUUGUCCCAGAUCCACAGACGGAGGCCACGGUACUGAUACUGAGACACUGAGGUCUACCCUACACGUCUCCUCUCUCCUUCCCCACAAGGAGCGGCAAAGGUCACGCCCUCCUACCCUGCACUCUACUCUCUGACCCCAAGAAGAGGGUUACAGGGAGGCCCUCCCCUCCCCACACCAACACCAGCCCAAGCCGGAAGGCGAGGGCGCUGAGCACCCCGCCCCCAGACCCUCUCUCCCCUC